CUCUCUCUGCCUGUCUCUCUCUCUCUCUGCCUGUCUCUCUCUCUCUCUCUGCCUGUCUGUCUCUCUCUGACGCACUUGUCUCUGUUUUUUCUUUUCUUUUUUCUUCUUCGGUCCAAACUUUCCCACAUUAGACACUUGGACCAUAAAAGGACACUGGUGUCUGACCGGCUCCUCGGUCCCUCUCUCCCCCGAGGAGGAGCUCCCUCGACCGGAGGACAGAGUCCCGACCUCCACCUGCAGCUCGGACACGCGCCGCGACCCUCGGACACGCGCACCUCCCGGGCCACGAGCCGGUUCCAUCUCGGACCGGACCGAUGUCUCUUCACUUCGGAUUCACUUCUUUUCCGCGGAUUCUACCGAGAAUGACUUUCUUCUUUUCACGUAUCGCAGCGUGAAGGAGCCGAGUGGAGCCGAGUGGAGCCGAACUUCACCGACACACUUCACCAUGAGUCUGUGGACCAACGACUCCUCCGCGGAGCUCCGCGCCGGGACGCAGUCGCCUCCUCCGGGCUCCAACUUCACCUCCACCCGCGGCACCGCCCCGCUGGACCUGCGCCGGGCGGUGCCGGUGGGCAUGGUGCUCGCCUCCUUCAUCAUGUUCGCCAUCGUGGGCAACGUGAUGGUGAUACUGUCGGUGGUCUGCAACCGACACCUGCGGAUCCCGACCAACUACUUCAUCAUCAACUUGGCCAUCGCCGACCUGCUGCUGGGGACCACGGUGCUGCCGGUGUCCGCCACCCUGGAGGUGUUGGACUCCUGGGUGUUUGGUCGGAUCUUUUGUGACAUCUGGGCGGCGGUGGAUGUCUUGUGCUGCACGGCGUCCAUCAUGUCCCUGUGCGCCAUCUCCAUUGACCGCUACAUCGGCGUUCGGUACCCGCUGCAGUACCCGAUGAUCGUCACGGAGAAGCGGGCUCUGCUCGCCAUGCUUGGCGUCUGGAUCCUCGCCAUCGUCAUCUCCAUCGGCCCGCUGCUGGGCUGGAAGCAGCCGCCGUCACAGGACGACACCACGUGUCAGAUCACCGAGGAGCCCUUCUACACCCUCUUCUCCUCCUUCGGCUCCUUCUACAUCCCCCUGGCCGUCAUCCUGGCCAUGUACUGCCGCGUCUACGUCGUGGCCAAGCGCACCACCAAGAACCUGGAGGCCGGCGUGAUGAGGGAGCGGCAGCAGGACUCCAACGAGCUCACGCUGAGGAUCCACUGCAGGAACCAGCAGCAGGUCCACGAGCUCUGCCCCGGGGCCUCGGCCGGGCGCAGCACGCUGUCCGUCAAACUGCUCAAGUUCUCCAGGGAGAAGAAGGCGGCCAAGACGCUGGGCGUGGUGGUGGGCAUGUUCAUCCUCUGCUGGCUGCCCUUCUUCCUGGUCCUGCCCAUCGGGUCUUUUAACAGCAGCCUGCGUCCUCCUGAAACCUGCUUCAAGGUCAUUUUCUGGUUGGGAUAUUUCAACAGCUGCCUGAACCCCAUCAUCUACUCCUGCUACAGCCGCGACUUCAAACAGGCCUUCAUCCGGAUCCUCCGCUGUCGUUGGAAGAGGAAGCGUCAGGGCUGGCAGGCGUACUACAACUACCGCAGCCAUCAGGGCUCCAACACCUCGUCCUAUCUGAACGGCAGCCAGCAGACGCUGUCCUCCAUCAGCCCCAGUCCGCGCUGCGUCGCCUCCAGGCUCCGCCCACCACCCUGGCCCUCCUCCUCCAACCGAGACAUCCUCCCAGGGUCAGCGGGGGUAGGACGGGUGGGCUCAGUGUCUCCGCUCGCUAAGGAUGCACGGAUAGCACUGGGGGGGGGACGAGGGGCCACGACCAACGGUUGGAGUGUCAACAAAAAGAAGGCAGAGCGGCACAGAGCCGCCGAGGGAACGCCGUCGUCCAAACUGUGACGGAGCAGGAAGGUGGAGCCCUGAGUGACGCACCUGCUGCCUCAGCAUAAACCGCACAGCUCCGUCCACUCAGGUGAGAGGACCGCACCUGUCUGGGGGGUUAUGACUGUGACACACCUGAGGGAGGGGCGGAGCUCCUCACCUGGAUCCCAGCUGGUUUCUGACCAGUUGACAGUUUUUACUGCUCCUCGUGAAUGACGGACAAACUUCAGACUUUUAUCUGAAUCUGACAAUUGAUGUUAACAGAAAAAAAAUGGAUUGAAACCAGUACAAUAAACCUAAUAUGAAAGGUUCAUUUAAAAGAAUCUGACAAUUACUACAAACAUAUUAUUUAUUUACCAACAGUUAUGUAAUUUUCUUUCUUCAUUACGAAAACUAUUCCAAAAUUAAUUUAAACAUUUAUGGAAAAACAAACAGUAAUUUACAAGAAUAAUAACAACAGGAAGAUAAAGUAGGAUAAUACUUUAUCUUCCUGCGCAGCAUCGUCAAGCGCGCAGCAUCGUCAAGGACAGUAAUAUAACGAACUUUCAACAUAUAUUAUGUUACCUCGGAAGCAACACAUUAGCUAUAGAUCAGUAGCUCCAAUAAACGUCUUUCUUUUUUUUUUCUGCAUUAAUUUGUAUAUGAUGCCAAAGUGCAAAAGAAAAUUUGGACAAAUUUAAUUGGUGAAAAAGAUCAGUUACAAAAAUACCCCAAAAUUGGGCAGAAUCUUUCUCAUCUUAUGAAAAAUUAAUAAAUUAAUUAAUACAAAUAAGUCAAAUUAUAGUAAGUGCUUUUAGAAAAAAUUGACUUAACACUCCUGAAGACUGAAAACCUGAAUUAAAACGUAUUGAGGUAAAAGUAAUUUAAGACAUUUUAUAUUUACUUAUGAAGGAAAAGUAAUUUCAUGUUUGAUAAUAAAAGUUAUUGUGUGUUUAUUCAUUGUCAUGUGCAGAUUGAUUUGACUCUUAUUGUGAAAGUCUCCGCAGCAUCACAGCAGCACCUAGUGGACGUUAGAGGAAGUGCAGAAAAAACAACAACUUUAAAUUGAUAUUGAAAAUCUUUUCAGCUUCACACUAAGACUUCCUGCAGCUGCUGUUGUGUGUGUGUGUGUGUGUGUGUGUGUGUGUGUGUGUGUGUGUGUGUGUGUGUGUGUGUGUGUGGAAGAAACGCGACACACACACCCCCAUCCGUGUCAACGGGACGGAGGUCCUGGGUGUCCACAUCUCCGAGGAUCUCUCUUUGACUCUCAACACCUCCACCCUGUUGAAGAAGGCUCACCAGCAUCUCUUCUUCCUGAGGAGACUGAAGAAGGCCCAUCUGUCUCCUCAGAUUCUGGGGAACUUCCACCACUGCACUAUCGAGAUCAUCCUUACCAACUGCAUCUCCGAUGGUACGGCAGCUGCUCUGCUGCGGACCAGAAAUCGCUACAGAGGGUUGUGAAAACUGCCCAACGCAUCACCGGUUCCUCACCCCCCACCAUUGUGGCUGUCCAGGGCAAGAGAUGUCUGCCGAGGGCGCGCA